AUGAGUGAAAAAUACAGACACUUGAAAGUAAAAGAGCUUCAAGAACUCUUGGAAAAGAAUGGUCUUUCUCAAACAGGCAAAAAGGAAGAACUUAUAGAAAGACUAGUAGAUUAUGAUAAGCGCAAAGAGUUGGAAAAGUUGGAAAAAGAAUUCAAUUUGGACGAAUUCACUGAUCCAAAGCUUCAUUCAUUUGACAUUUUGAAAGAAAGUGUUCUUUCUGAUGACGAUGACUUACUGGACGACGAACUCAUGACUCCUCUUCCAACAACAACAACAGCAACAAAACCCGCUACUACUCCUACUACUUCCACUGAAAAGACAACGACGACGGCAACGACAAAAGCAACAACAAAUGAAUCCAAGCAAGAACAACCUGCUUUCAAGUUUACCCCCAUCACCUUUGAAAAAAAGGCAUCUGCCAAAAAGGAAACUUCUAUUUCAGACCAAGCCAAACUAGAUGCUCAAAAGAAACUGGAACGAAUGAAACGUUUCGGUGUGAAAUUAAGCGAAGAAGAAAUGAAACAGAUUCGUGCUGCGCGAUUUGGUACGUUGAAUGAACAAAAGAAACAGGACGUCACCACAAAGACAAACAAAAAGGUCGAACAAGGCAAAGUGACUAAAAAGAUAAAGACACCCAUCAAGAAAAACCUAUCGACAUUGAAUAAAAAGCCCAUCAAUAUCGAUCGCAUCGUAGACAAACUGAACAAGACUCAGUUGGCUGCCAAAAAGGACAAGAAGCAUGAUGCUAGAACCAUCGUAUUUGAAAAUGGCAAAAGAAACAAGGACAAGAAAAAAACAGCUGAUCAUACGACGCAGGGUCGCAUUGUCACUAUUGAUCAUGCAACACCACAGCCCAAUCGUGCUGUCAAGAUUCAGAAAAACAAACAUGCUUCUCCUUUUGUUAAUAAGAAAAGAAAUGUUUUCAUUCAGCAAGAAAAAGCUCAGAAUUCAAAGUUCAAAAGGAGAAGAACAUGA